GACCUUCCGUGGAUCUCACAGCUUGGCCAGCCAAUGUCUUCGCGCGACGACUCCUCUCUAGGCGCCUCGCCGCCAUCCUUCGACUCGCAUCCAGUUCUCGGCGCCACCCCUCCCCCGACAUACGCUGCCUUCUCCCCCGUCACGCUCUCGGCGACGACUCCCUCCAGGAAUAGCCGUCGAUCUACCGUCCUGGUCCAUCAGAAGAGCCCGCUGCUCCUAGCCACCCCUCCGCAGAUCACGCGCGCACUCGCCUAUAGCCAUCCAUUUUUACUGCCGCUGAAUACCUUCGUCGGGCUGCUGACAUGGAGCACUGGCGAUCCUUGGCAGAGCUUCCUGCUGCUGUCUGCCUUUUGGGCCGUCGUUCUAUAUGGCGAUGUAGUGCUCAUGAGAGCCGGCCCCAUCGUCGUCGGCAUGGGGCUGAUAGCAGGCAUGUAUGGCCGACGUUAUAGUCCUUUGAGCACCAGUGGCUGGACUGAGCCGGCACGGGCAACCAAAGAUGCUGCCGCCUCCAAAAAGAAUGGAGCCAAUGGUAGCAGUCAUCUAGAGGAGACACCAAGCGGAAAGCAGCCGGGCCAUACCAGGGCUAGAUCCGAAAUCACCAAUACAAAGCAUCAGAAAACGUUGGAUGAAAUUGUCGAUACACUUAAAGAGUUUACUGGCAGAUGCAAUGUUCUGAUGGACCCUCUUCUCGAGAUGACCGAUUUUUUAAGCACCCAACGAACCCCUACCAGCGCAACCACUCGGCCAGCUCUUACAGCCAUGUUUAUGCGUCUUCUUAUUGUGACGCCAUUCUGGGUGGCUUUGACCAUGUCACCUUUCAAGAUUAUCACAACAAGACGCGUUGUGCUACUUGCUGGAACACUUGUUUUGACAUGGCAUGCUAGAGUGAUGCGAGUUUCUAGAACUAUCAUUUGGAGAAGCGCAACUGUUAGAAAACUUGCUGGAGCCAUUACUGGCCUCCACUUUGAAAGUCCUCCCAAGUCCGCCUCUGGCAAAGACGGCGCAAAGGAAAAAGAAUCGCAAAUGAGCAAGGCAUCAUUUCUGGGAUCUUCUACCUUACAAGUGAGCCGUCGCCGAAACGGUGCCGCACAGGGCGGUAAGAGCGCCGGCGUCAAAUUCACAUUUAUCAUAUACGAAAAUCAGCGGCGGUGGAUCGGCUUGGGGUGGACGUCCAGUCUUUUCGCAUACGAACGACCUGCGUGGACAGACGAACACAACAACGCGGUGCCUCAAAGAGAUGAAUUUGAACUUCCUGAAGUCGAGGAUGGAAGUCGAAUGCGGUGGCGAUGGGUGGAAGGCAGCCGAUGGCGAGUCGACGGCGUGCCUGAUGAGCAAGGAGCGGUGGAUUACGAUGGCCCCGAAGGCAAAAAUGGGUGGAUAUAUUAUGAUAACAAGUGGCAGAAUGGACGGCGCGGAUUAGAUGGCUGGGGUCGAUGGACGCGCCGCCGAAAGUGGUAUCGCGAUGCUGAACUGGUGGAAGUGGAUGAAUCUCAGCUUGCUCACGAGCUCGAUGCUACUGAAUCUUCAUCCACGCUUCAUACCACGUCCUACAGCACCGCCAACGAAAAGAUGCGGGCCGAACCCAUGAUUGUCGAACCGGAUGAAGACCAAGACCAAUUUCCAGAUGAAUUGAGCACAAAGAUUGCAGACGAUGCAGUAUCGCUACAUUCAACGUCAUCGCGGUUCUGGCCAACGUUGAGACGGCGCACAACUAACCAGUCGGGGGAUAGUCUCCGCCUGGACAGUCAGAAACAAGAGAAACGGCGAAGUGGCAGCCAGAGGCCAAGGAGGACCAGCGACGUGGCUAGUGACAUCGCUGUGGAAGAUGAUCCUAGUAGAUUAGGCUUCUCAGUCGCUCUUGAGCUGCAAAAGCAAGGCAAAGAGGGCGGCCAGUGGGGUAUUGGCGACGAAGCACGUAUGAGUUUGGAAUAAAGGGCUAUUGGGACGCCCACUUGACUACUUGCUUUCGAAUGGGGAUUCAACAAACACUUGACUUUUCGGGAGGGGGGUACAUGGCUUGAGGUUCUUUUUUUCAAUGUAACAACAGUCCUCUUUUUUGUCGUGGCAGCAUGGCUAGCGGGUUUCUGGAUUUGGCGGGAGUAGCGGAUACGGUAUCGGCAUAUAUACCUUGAUACCUUUGCUUCUAUGAAGAAUGAUGAAUCUGUUUCUUGUAACAAAUAGAAUGUUAUCAUUUCCCCACUUGUGGAGAGCUCAG